AUAUCUUUCUUUUCUCAACUCUCAUUCAUUGGAGUUCCUUCACCAUGGCUCCUCUCACAAACUUGCAUGGAGUCUCCAAAACUUUAACUCCCAUUACAUCAUGCCUUCCAAAUGCACAUAGGAAUCUAAAGAGAGGACAAGUGGUUGGAUUUCUAGGAAGCAAAACACAGGAAUUAUCAGAAUGUCAAGUUCAGACUACAAAAAGAGCAGCAGCAAUAGGCCUUGCCUCUAUAGUUCUCACAGGUCAAUUCAAUGACAAGAUUUCACUAGCUAAAGAUAAUGGCUUCUGGUAUGAUGAACCUUUGCCACAACCAACUGUCACUAACAAUAUUGCAAAUGAGAAAACGGGGACUCGUUCUUUUGUUAAGAAGGGACUCUUCAUGGCAAAUAUUGGAGUUAAAGGAAGCGUGUAUAGGAUCAAGAAAUAUGCAUUUGAUCUUCUGGCUAUGGCUGAUUUGAUUACAGAAGACACACUCAACUAUGUUAGGAGGUACCUUAGACUCAAGUCUACAUUCAUAUACUACGAUUUUGAUAAGGUUAUCUCUGCAAUUCCAGUGGAUGAAAAACAGCAACUAACUGAUAUGGCUAACAAAUUGUUUGAUAAUUUUGAAAAGCUUGAAGAAGCUACAAGGAAGAAAAGUUUACCUGAAACAAAAUCAUGCUAUCAGGAAACUGAAGUUAUGCUUAAAGAGGUCAUGGACCGGAUGACUUUGAUGUAUAAAACAAUUUGACAUGAUUUUAAUCAAGUUGUGUUACUAUUUCUCUUAUCAAAAUCAAAUUGUAUAAAACAAAUUAAGAAAUUAGUUCAA